AUGGUUCUCAAGACAGAGCUCGGCCGUUUCAGCGGUGCAAAGAUAUGCCUAGGGAAGGGUAUCCGAUCCAUCCGUGCCCAAAAUCAGGUAUUCCUUUUCUCGAACUCCAAGUGCAAGCGCUACUUCCACAACCAUCUCAAGCCCGCUAAGUUCACAUGGACGGCCAGGUUCAGGAAGCAGCACAAGAAGGAUAUCCAUGCCGAGGCUGCAAAGAAGAGGUGGCGCACAACCAAAAGGCCAUAUUCCAGGUCUAUUGUCAGUGCUUCUCUUGAUGUCAUCCAGAAGAAGAGAGCCGAGAAGCCUGAGGUCCGUGAUGCAGCCAGGGAAGCAGCUCUCCGUGAGAUCAAGGAGCGGAUCAAAAGUUGUUUCAAAAAAAAGAAGCGGAUCAAAAAGACCAAGGACGAGAAACGGGCUAAGAAGGUGGGGGUGACGAAGUCCAGGAAGACGACCGCCCGGCAGAGGGAACGCCCCCAAACCCGGUAA